ACGCCUGAAGAUGCAGUUGCAAUUGAGUUUCCUUUUUGUCAUGUCGAUGUUUUUGAGUUUUGGCCACGCCCAGCCGGCGCUCAUUAAAUGGGGCGAGUUGGUGGAGCACAUACCCACAGCCGUUUCCCAUCAGAGCUCCACUGUGGUGCACAGCAGCGUGCCACAACGCACUCCACUGCUGACACCCGCGGUGCGGAGCUUUGUCGUCUCCUCCGUCCUCCCAGCGGCGACCUACGUCCAUAACCAUGCCCCCUUGGCUUGGAGAUACCUCUACACUGCGCCCUCCACCUCCUCCUCCGCCGUCAGGUUCUAUGGAAAUUGAGUUUCGCAUUUGCAUUUGUACAGAAA